AUAACUUGGGUGAUCCGUUGUCUAUUUUGGUAUAACGUUGUUGUCGUUCGUCAAGCUCACAUCGUUAAGAGGUUAACUGUGAUCACAUUUUCAAGAUGGCUGCUUUUAAAUUGAUUCUACUGAUAGCUUUUGCUGCAGUAUGUAUCAAUACAUGUAAAUCAAGAUCCAUCCAAGACGAACCGCCGUUUUGCAGAGGUCUUGAAUGUCCCCAUUUUACAUCUAUGCUAACAACAAAGGACUACGAGUUCAGAGCUUACCCAGAAUCUAAAUGGGUCAGCACAACCAUCAUUGGGGCAGACUACAAGAGCGCCACAAGUGAAGGCUUCGACAAACUCUUCCAGUAUAUCAGCGGGCAAAACUCCCAAAAGCAAAAGAUCGAGAUGACUGCACCGGUGAUAAACCGCGUGAUUCCCGGCCAAGGACCAACCUGUGCCGAUAACUUCACUGUGUCAUUCAUGGUUCCAUUUGAGUUGCAAGCCAACACACCAAUGCCUACUGACUCAACCAUCUUCAUGUAUACUCUACCAGCCCACAAAAGUUAUGUCAGGUCCUAUACUGGUUUCUCUGACGAAACCAAGUUUCUUGCGGAAGCUCAAGCCUUGGCUGGAGCCUUAAACUCCACCCAGACAUACGAUCAGAGCUACUUCUAUACCGCUGGCUACGACAGCCCAUUUAACAUCUUCAACAGACAUAAUGAAGUUUGGUUCAUCGUUUAAGAAACUUACCAGGAACUCACCAGGUCUUGAGACUUUAAGCACAACAAGUAGCUAAGCACAACAAUUUACGCUUACCAGAAUAAUGUUACCAACCAAACUAUUAAAUCACAAGUACAAUUAGUGAUUGGUAUCCUGCUCAUUUCUGCUUAACGGAAAUUUGUUAAGCAUUUUUUUUUCUGCUUAAGCAACUCCAUGCAUUUGUGUCCUGCCCUUUUCCCUUUUGUUUUUGUUUGCUUAGGGUUUGAUAUUAAAAACCCUAAAAAAAUAUGCAAACCAACGACCGAAUUGCACCUUGGAAAGACAUUUUGAAAGACAAUAAAAGCAUACAAAAAAGGUUAACAAAGGUAUGGACUCCAAAUCACAGAGCUUGUUCAGAGAAAAUAUUAUUUAAAUAUUCUUGUCAGCAAGUGUUUAUUUUUCUGAGGUUCUUUUUCGCUAUUAUUUUUGUGUCAAUGUUUGGUGUUUCCUAAAAUCAAAAUAAGUGAGGCCGCAGCACAGAAAAAAAAAACCCGAAUAAUUAUCAGGCAUACCCUAAAUAAAGAAAGUACUUCCAUCGAUGUUGAGGACAAGUGCAUUUUUGUUCGUAUAGAUUGUUAAAGUUGU